CAGGGCACUCAGAAACAGACAAACUAUUCUUGCCUCAACCGAACCAAAGGCCCGGCGGGCCUCGUGAAAGCUCAGCCAGGUGCUUUGGGAGGCUGGGAGGAGAAAGAGGGAUCCGUGGGAAGAAGCACGUUCACACCAUGGCACUGAGGCCUUUGGGCCGAGCUAUAAUUUAAAGCAUGAAACGAAGGGGUCAUAGAUUCUGACUAAUGCUGAGCCUUUCCAUGGGUUACCCGGUGGAAUCUCAUGGCGACACCCGGAAAUUGACUUUAUACAUGCUCUUUAGGAAACAAGGGACGCAGGGUGAAACAAGUCAAGAGUGUUGUCCGGGCUCGCGCCAGCGCCGUCAGACUCCCGCGAUAGAGGAGCGCCAGGGCUUGGCGUCAGCGGCUUCACGGGGAGGGAGAAAAGCCCCACUGCUGUGCAGAAGCCUAGGCCCGAGUGAGGCCCCUGCGAAGGCUGCCAGUAGCGGAAGAGAAGGGGCGUCUUCGGAGGUGCGCAGCGCUCGCCCGCGGUAGGUGGGCGCGGAGCUCAGAGCCAAACGCUAACACUGGCGACAAGCCCCAGCCCCCUCCGCCAGCCCACUCGCUGCGGGGAGGGGUUUCUCACGCCCCCGGCUCCUGGGAGACUGCACCGGAGGUCGGAAGGAAGCGGGGCGAGGAUGAGUCAUCCCGCCUAAUUCCUCCUUCCCCGUCCCCUACCCUCCGCACGCCGGCCCCCUCCAGAGAUCAUGCAGCCGCGAGCGAAGACACCCCUAUCCUCAGACUCCACCGAACCCCCUGUGGCCUGCGGAGACGAGGAGACGGACGGGUCCGGUGGCCAAUGAGAGCUUCUAUCUCUUGCCCGCUGCCCAAUGGGCCGCGGCUCCUGGGCCAGGGCGGGACUAGUAGGGCAGGAGGGGGCGGUCUGGGCUGGCGCGCGGCGCGGCGGCUCAGCGGCUGCGGCUCACAGAGCUAGCGCUUCUCCGGGUGUCCACGCCAGCACUACCCGAGAAGGCGCCGCCGCCGCCGCUGGCCAGGGUGCUGGACAAGACGGGCCCCUCGGCCACCUCGCCAGCUCAGGCACCCUCUGCAGCCGCCGCUGCCUCCUCCCAGACCCGACCCCAUGGAGGAGAUGGAAGAGGAGUUGAAAUGCCCCGUGUGCGGCUCCUUCUAUCGGGAACCCAUCAUCCUGCCCUGCUCUCACAAUUUGUGUCAAGCGUGCGCCCGCAACAUCCUGGUGCAGACCCCGGAGUCUGAGUCCCCCCAGAGCCGUCGGGCCUCGGGCUCCGGGGUUUCCGACUAUGACUAUCUGGACCUGGACAAGAUGAGCCUGUACAGCGAGGCGGACAGCGGCUAUGGCUCCUACGGGGGUUUCGCCAGCGCCCCCACUACCCCGUGCCAGAAGUCCCCUAACGGCGUCCGCGUGUUUCCCCCGGCUAUGCCGCCACCGGCCACCCACCUGUCACCGGCCCUGGCCCCGGUGCCCCGCAACUCCUGUAUCACCUGUCCCCAGUGUCACCGCAGCCUCAUCCUGGAUGACCGGGGGCUCCGCGGCUUCCCCAAGAAUCGCGUACUGGAAGGGGUAAUUGACCGCUACCAGCAGAGCAAAGCCGCGGCCCUCAAGUGCCAGCUCUGCGAGAAGGCACCCAAGGAGGCCACCGUCAUGUGCGAACAGUGCGACGUCUUCUACUGCGAUCCGUGCCGCCUGCGCUGCCAUCCGCCCCGGGGGCCCCUAGCCAAGCAUCGCCUGGUGCCCCCGGCCCAGGGCCGUGUGAGCCGGCGGCUGAGCCCGCGCAAGGUCUCCACCUGCACAGACCACGAGCUGGAGAACCACAGCAUGUACUGCGUGCAGUGCAAGAUGCCUGUGUGCUACCAAUGCUUGGAGGAGGGCAAACACUCCAGCCACGAAGUCAAGGCUCUGGGUGCCAUGUGGAAACUACAUAAGAGCCAGCUCUCCCAGGCGCUGAACGGACUGUCAGACAGGGCUAAGGAAGCCAAGGAGUUUCUGGUACAGCUCCGCAACAUGGUCCAGCAGAUCCAGGAGAACAGUGUGGAGUUUGAAGCCUGUCUGGUGGCCCAGUGUGAUGCCCUCAUCGAUGCCCUCAACAGAAGAAAAGCCCAGCUGCUGGCCCGUGUCAACAAGGAGCAUGAGCACAAGCUGAAGGUGGUUCGAGAUCAGAUCUCUCACUGCACAGUGAAAUUGCGCCAGACCACAGGUCUCAUGGAGUACUGCUUGGAGGUGAUUAAGGAAAAUGAUCCUAGUGGCUUUUUGCAGAUUUCUGACGCCCUCAUAAGGAGAGUGCACCUCACUGAGGAUCAGUGGGGUAAAGGCACACUCACUCCAAGGAUGACCACGGACUUUGACUUGAGUCUGGACAACAGCCCUCUGCUGCAAUCCAUCCACCAGCUCGACUUUGUGCAGGUGAAAGUCCCAGCAACCCCUAUCCUACAGCUGGAGGAAUGUUGUACCCACAACAACAGCGCUACGUUGUCCUGGAAACAGCCACCUCUGUCCACGGUGCCCGCCGAUGGAUACAUUCUGGAGCUGGAUGAUGGCAACGGUGGUCAGUUCCGGGAGGUGUAUGUGGGGAAGGAGACAAUGUGCACCGUGGAUGGCCUUCACUUCAACAGCACAUACAACGCUCGUGUCAAGGCCUUCAACAAAACAGGAGUCAGCCCAUACAGCAAGACCCUGGUCCUCCAAACGUCCGAGGACACAGAUUCAGAAGAACAGACCCUCCCUUUUCCAGUGCCUUCGGAAAGAUUGCCGCUCCGUAGAAUGAGUCCUUUCUCCUCCACCCUUAAUCUACAACCCAGCUUCCCCGGGAGAUCCUACUUUGAUUUCCGAUCCUCACCCCACCAGCUGAGCUUGCAUUCCUCUUUACAGUCUCUCAAUGCACCGGGAUGCAAUUUUGAGACACAAUCUGCACCUUACUCUCAAUUAGUUGACAUUAAAAAGCUCUUGGCAGUGGCCUGGUUUGCUUUCGAUCCUGGCUCGGCGCACUCAGACAUCAUCCUCUCCAAUGACAACCUGACAGUGACCUGCAGUAGCUAUGACGACCGGGUGGUGCUAGGGAAGACUGGCUUCUCCAAGGGAGUCCACUACUGGGAGCUAACGGUAGAUCGCUAUGACAACCACCCUGAUCCUGCCUUUGGCGUGGCUCGCAUGGACGUGAUGAAGGAUGUGAUGUUAGGAAAGGACGACAAAGCUUGGGCAAUGUAUGUGGACAAUAACCGGAGCUGGUUCAUGCACAACAACUCGCACACCAACAGAACUGAGGGAGGGAUCACAAAAGGGGCCACAAUUGGGGUCCUCCUCGACUUAAAUAGAAAAAACUUGACAUUUUUUAUCAACGAUGAACAGCAAGGUCCUAUAGCAUUUGAUAAUGUGGAGGGCCUGUUCUUCCCUGCGGUCAGCCUGAACAGGAACGUGCAGGUAAGCAUCCUACCCCAGAGGUUGAACAGCUAUUGCUGGCAGGCCGUUCAAUCUAACUGGAGAGAGGGAAGCUGACAGCGUAAGGCCCAGACCAAGAAAUGGAGGAAAGGAGGAGAGAAAGGGAUCAACGUUGACAGCUGCUACUAUUCCAUGCCAAGCAUAAGCACCUUCUUUAUACUUGGACACAGUCUAUUAACAGCAUGUUGGAAACUAGAAUUCUCUUCAUGGUUGUCUGAUGAUCAUCCCUCUAGCUCUAGUUUCAUCUCUAAGUAGAAAUGAAAGCCUUUGACCAACUGGUAUGAAAACAAAUGCAAUGACUUAAAGCUCUAGGAGUUCCUGAGAAGAGGUGAGGGUUUAAGACUGAAGCGUUAGUAUCUUUACCAGAAAAUCUAAUCAUUUUCCCUGCACUCUUGUUUGGCUCUGUUAGGUCCUAAGGGUAGAAAGCAUAGUCCCUGCCUAUAAGUUAGUUAAUUAUAAUUUAUUAUAGAAUAAAACAACAGCUUCUUCUCAUUUAUUUAUUCAGCAAAUAUCUAUAGAAUGCCUUUAGUGUGCCAGGCCCAGUCGUAAGUGUUUGGGAUACAUCAGUUAAAAGAAAAAAAAAAAACAGAUAAAAAUCUUGCCUUCAUAGAACUUACAUCUUUGUGAUAGGAGACAGACAAUAAAUACUGACCAUAAUUACAAUGUUAAUUAGCUGGUGUGUCAGAAGGUGAUGAGUGCAAUGGAGAAAAGACCAAUGGGAGGGUAAAGGGCGCAAUGGAGAGAAGUCCAUGGGUGCUGGGGUUGGGGAGGGCAGCUGCAGUCUUGAAUAGGAUGGUCAGUGUAGGUAGGGCUUACUGCAGUUACGGGAGAGCUGAGACUUAAAGGAGUGAGGGAGGGAGUUGUGUGGAGCCUUCCAGACAGAGGGAACAGCCUGUGCACAGUUUCUAAGGCAUGAGGGGCCUUGCAUGGGCAAGGACGGGUGGAAAGGCUGGUGGGCUGGGGCCUGUCAGGAAGACCAGAGCCAUGGGGGAAGAGCUGUGCCCUGCCAGCCGCUGUCAGGACUUAGGGUUUCACUUCCCUCCUGAGCUGAGCCUCUCAUUAGCAACUAUAAGCCUCAUUCCACAAAUGGUUUUUUUUGUUUUUUUUUUUUGAGACAGAGUCUCACUCUGUUGCCCAGGCUGGAAUGCGAUCUCAGCUCACUGCAACUCUGCCUCCUGGAGUCAAGCAAUUCUCUGCCUCAGCCUCCCAAGUAGCUGGGAUUACAGGCAUGUGCAACCAUGCUCAGCUAAUUUUUGUAUUUUUUAGUAGAGACAGGGUUUCAUCAUCUUGGCCAGGCUGGUCUGGAACUCCUGACCUCAUGAUUCACCUGCCUUAGCUUCCCAAAGUGCUGGGAUUACAGGUGUGAGCCACUGUGCCCGGCCUAUGGUUAUCUUAAGUUAGGGCUUGAGAGUCACAAUACUACAGAUUAUUUUUGCCCUAUCCAGAACCAGUCUUUGAAACUAUUUAUAAAAAUUAAUUAUUGUCUUUCAGUAUGUGCAGUAACAUUGAUUGCAAACUAGUGGCCCCUGACCUUCUCUUUCCUGGCAAGGAUGUAGGGUUUCCUGGAAGGCUGGAAUCUAAUCUUUCAGAGUUCAGCCUCUACACUGGAAGAAAGAAAAUGAUAAUUACCCUAGAAGCAAGUCUCAGAAAAACCUCAUUCAAGGUGUUUCACAUUUUUAGCCAUUUCCCUUUCAAAGGUUAUUUUAUUAGAUGCUCUUCAGGGGUUUCCAACACCUUCUGAUUAUCUAUCGAUAAAGACUCCUAGGGUGGAGAAGACAGGGACAAGAACUGGAUGAAACUGUUCUGGGCUUAUCCAUAGCUACCCGUUGAGGUUUGGGGAUACACAGAAAUUGAUGAAAUAGUAUUUAGGAAUUCAAAAUAAUUGGUGAAAUAGUAUAAUUCCAUGUUUUUUUCACACACAUCAAUCAUCUUUGCAAUCCCAGAAAGAAAUGUUUGCCCUAAUUGGAAUAACUAGUGGACAGGUAAUAAGGGAUGGUCUGUCUCUGCAAAUUUGUCCUCUACCUGUGGAUUUGGCAGUGGUCACUGGUGUGGCCAGCAGGUGCCACUACCUGAAAACCAAGGCCUGUGUCUUCAGUUGUAAGGAACACAGUCUUCCCAGAAUCCUUUAAAAGAGGCAGGUGACUGAGAACCGUAUAAUCAAAUGUCACCAGGAUUUGAGAGCCCACUGUGGUGAGCAGGCUCUCACCAUAGGCAGGAUUCUUCUUAAAUACCCCUUAAUGCUUACUAGCCUAGAUGUUUAAAGAGAAGCAAACAGAACACUUUUUGAGCUAGGGAUACACCCAGGUACACUGUGUAAAGGGAUAGGGUAUGCACAGUGCCUCUCAGGACUCA